GACUACACACAAUCAUAUCUUCACUGACCCAAAAUGACGUUCUCUUCUCUCUCUGCUUCAUUUCUCUUCUUUGCCUUCAUCUUUGUCACGCAUGCAUUCGACCUCAGCAUCAUCCAGAUGCAACAAGGAACAUGUCCUUACACGGUGGUUGUCAUGACUAGCUGCCUUUCUCCGGAGACGACAAGGGAUCAGAUCAGUAUCGUUUUUGGCGAUGCCGACGGUAACAAGGUUUAUGCACCGAGAUUAGGCGGUUCGGUAAAAGGAUCAGGGGGUUUGGGCAAGUGUUCAACGAACACAUUCCAAGUCAGAGGUCAAUGUCUGAAUAACCCUAUCUGCUCUCUCUUUAUCAACCGGAAUGGACCCGACGGUUGGGUCCCGGAGUCCAUCGAGAUAUACGCACAAGGUUCAAAGUCCGUCAAAUUCGAUUUCAGCAAGAGCGUCCCUAAAAACACUUGGUACGGCCACAACAACUGCAACACCACAGGCCAGCCAUCCUCUCCCGGUCUUCCUCCCCCGGAAUUUCCGCCGGAGUUUCCACCGGAGACACCUUCCAUCCCACCACCUACUCCACCAAGGCCGUCAGCAGCUGCUUAUAGGCGUGGAGAUGGUGAGAGUGUUUUCCUUGCGUUUGCCAUUGCGGCUGCCACUGCGAUCGCAGCACUGGUGCGUUAGGGCUACACUAGCAUGUGUUUGAUUGCGUGAGGCUUUAUUUUCCGUCGAGUGUUUUUGUUUGUUUUCGUUUUGCUUCAGCCUCUUCGUCGUUGUAGAAAACAUAUUUACUUAUAAAGUACAUGUGUCCAAGUGCAUGAGUUGCUAUUUAGCUUUUGACUAUUGGUACCAACUUUUGAUACCAUUAUCAAGAGAUUAUCUAUCACUUUGCUUUA